GUCUUCUCAUCCCACAGUACCCUAGCGGGAAACAAGUAGACGAAAUGGCAAGUAUCGCCUAUACGGGGAUGGUGAUGGUUAGGUCAUCCGACUGGGAAUCAUGAUGCGGGCGCGCAUAUAAAGGCCAGUCAAGAAGACAGCCAGGGCCAACCAAUAACCCAUCGUCCUCACGCAUCGUCCUCACCAACAUGUCAACCUUCAUCCCCAUCCCUUCUUCUGCGCUGAUCGAGGAGGCUGCUGAGCGGCUGUUCGAGGCACUCAGUGCGGCGGGCCUGAUCUCUGAACUCGAGCGCGCUCGCCUUGACCUCGUUCCAGUAGGGCAUGGGGUCGCGUCAGACCAAGCGUCAGAUGCGGUCACCUUGUCGGCCAUCUUCAGGGGCAGGCGCGUCUUGCAUUCGUCGCUGAGCGAUCUCGUGUGGCGUAUGGCUGAGGGGAGCGAGUGGGAGCGAGCGCUCGGGGACAAGGUGUAUCUCAUAGCUCCCCGAUUACUCAGCACGCACACCCUUGCCCACAUCGUCCAUUUUAUAGACAGGGAGUCGAACGACCUACCUUUGGGACUUCGUGAACGUUAUGCUGAGGAUUUCCGGAUCUUUGCUCGGAAUCUCCAUGCGGAUAGCCCUCAGAAGUGCGAUGAGAUGGUCAGCAUCGUCUUCACACCACUGCUGGAGCUCUAUAUCGUGGAACUGCUGAAAAGUCCCCAUGUCGCCGACAGAAUCUCCGCCGAUACACCCCCCGCCACCGACACACAGCCCGCCACCGACAUACCCUGCACCAUAGGCACAGGCUUGGCCAUCGGCACAUCCCCUAUCACCGACGCGGCCUCUGCCCUCGCUGCACCCCGUGUGAUCGUGCCAUCUGCCGGCCCAAGUCGAGCUGCGACGUCCAACAAACGCACUCUGGAUGAAGAGGAGGACAUCGAGCACAUGGAUGAAGUCGGCCCUGCGCAGCCCGGCCUUCAGCAGAAGCGCCUCAACACCGGACAUCGUGCGCCUUUGUCUGACGCGGAGCAUGUAUUUGACGUUGGGGCGCCGCCCGUUCACGAUGAAGAGGGCCAGCGGGUGCUUCAGCGCAUUCACGUUGAACAUCCCGGAACCACCCAGGUGGUCAACGCUUUUCUCGCCGACCCGGACCUCCCGACGGCGCCCAAUGGUCGCGCGACGUGGGGCGCGAAGCUGAAGAAGUAUGUCCUUCCCUUCGCGUCGAAGCGUGCCUUCAUCGCUGCGGUCAUCAUUUGCCUCGGAAUCGCUGUAUACCGUGCGCACCCGGAGUGGGUGGCGAUGCUCCAAGAAAGCAUCGCACUGCCGCCUCAGCUGAACGAAAUGGCGCGCAACACCGCGUCAUCUUGGGGCCUGUGCGACGCGGCCCAAGACGAGAAGCUCAUCCAGGCGCUGAACGCCACCGCUGAAGAGGCGAACCUCAACCUCGACGAUGUCCAGCACAUGAUUGGGUCCAUCCGCUGCCAGGGUUCCGCGUCCUCUGCCUUCAACUUCUACGCAAACCUGCAGGGUGCGCUUCCCCACUCUGAGUUCUACACGGGCCUGGGUAAGGCUGCGCUUUGCGGUGCCUUCACUACGUUCAGGAUCGUGAAGCCGCUGCCCUGAGUGGCUAGCGAUUUCUCGAAGAUCAUUUUCUAUCACUGAGUACGCCAAUCCUUGUUUUUUUACGACUCCUUUACGUCGCUACGCUCUCCAUGUCUUUCACGUUGCUGUCUGGACGCCGGCGUCCUUUUAUGAACUCUGCUAUGCCUGUACAUACUUAUAUGCUCGUUGUUGUCCAUGUUUGAGUAGUUGCUUUAUGCGGAAUUUAUGAUGCUGUGCUGAAUGCGGGGCUACAGCAAUUCAAGGUUCUUUUCGUGCG